AUGCAAGCCCCGCAUAUUUUGUGCGCGGAUGUAAUUAAUGCGGCGAAAGUGCGUCGUAUUUGGAAAAAAUGCAGCCCCGCAUAAAUAUGCGGACUUUGGCUGAUUAUGCAAUAUAUCGCGCGAUCGCACAAUCGCGUUUUUCUGGAGGGACUGCCUAGCUGUGACGGUUUUGCUUGCGCAACUGGCAGCAAAAAGACUGAUUCGGAAUUGGAAUGUCGUAAAACUGAACGGACGAUAGGGUUGGGUAUCGUUUUAAUUUGAGUGAUUCUGAUGUCAAUUCCGCUGAUCAAAUCCUGGCUCUUAUCGAUUCCUGGUUUCAAUUCCAAUAUUAUUAGUGAGAAAAAAAGAGCAAAUACCUUUAAGAUUUUUUUAUUCUUGCCAUAUUUAGUCUAUAACCUGUAACAAUUUGUCUAAAAAUGAAAAUUUAAAAAGUGCCAGAAUGAAUGAUACAAAUUGCAGGGCUGUCAAGUUUUAUUAGAAGUUUGCAGGGCAGGCCCAAUAAGAUAUUUGUUGCAGUGGCUCUUCGCCCCCCCCCCCCAAUUCUUUCAAGUUCGUGCUAGCAAUUUAAUUUGACCUAUCGUUCAUAACUGACAAUCACAAAUAGAAAUUCUAACAAUUGGUAAGUCUGAUCAAAGACUUCAUUCAAAUAAAAUAUUUUUAUAUAGCCCAUUUAUAACUAAAUUAGACUCCUCCGUAUGAUUUCUCAAAUAGUUCACCCAGUACAUUGACGUCAUGUGUGUCUUGGUUCUUGCAGCGCUGUGUAAAGUUGAGCACAUCUUAAAACUCAAGACAGCUAUGAACUCCCGGAGAAACUGCUGCUGUCCCUCAUGAUGGAUAACCUGGAGGAGGAUUUAACAUGUUCAGUGUGUUACGGUCUCUUCAGUGACCCGAGAGUCUUGCCCUGCUCCCAUACAUUCUGUAAGAGCUGUUUGGACAGCGUGCUGCAAGUCUCUGUUAAUUUCUCCAUCUGGCGACCUCUUCGCCUGCCGCUCAAAUGUCCCAACUGCCGUAGCGUAGCGGAGUUGCCGACCGACGGCGUGGACGCGCUUCCGGUUAACGUCUGCCUGCGUGCCAUCGUAGAGAAGUAUCAACGUGACGGUCGGCCCCGUUCUCCUUUAUGCCCCGAACAUCCACAUCAGCCUCUGAACGUCUACUGCGUUCAGGACCGCAAGCUCAUAUGUGGCUUCUGCCUCACUGUGGGUCAGCACCGAGGCCACGCCAUUGAUGACCUCCAGACCGCUUAUGUGAAAGAGCGAGCUGCUCAGGCCCAGUUGCUGAAGUGUUUGAGAGGAGACCGGUGGGAGGAGAUCUGCAGCCUGGCAGCUGAUCUACAGCAGGAGAAGAUCCAGAGCGAGAGUCUCGUUCAGAAGGACCGAGAGGUUGUAUCGCGUUUCUUUCAAGGUCUCGAGCUUAUCCUCGCCCAGAAGCGGGAAGAGUUUGGGCGUGCUCUCGACGGGGCGAGCGAGCAGCUGACGCAUACGUACGACCCACUCAUCGAGCGACUUAAGGAGCUGCAGGUAGAACAUAGCAAGCUGAUAUCUCUGAGCUCCAGUAUUGAGGACGAAGAGCGUCCACUGGUUUAUCUAGAGAAGGCCCAUGAGCUGAGAGAACGUCUGAAAGUAUUGAACGAGAGCGUGCUGCCUGAGAUACCUUGCAUUCAUCAUACACCACGAGCAGAAGAGUUCAUAGAGGAACACUGGACUCAUGUAACCAUCAGAGGACUGAGAGACGGACCCAUUCCAGAAAUCUCAUGCCGUGCACACAGACACUCCAUAAGCAGCUGCACAAAAUCUGAACAAAAUCAGUGCAGGCACGGUCGACCGUCUUUAGUUGUAUUGUUGUUGCUCAUCCUGGUUCUCGCAGUCAUGUGUUUAACUUCAGUUGAUGGGUCCAGUAUUGGGUUGUCAGUUUCAUCAGGGAUCAGUUCUAUCAUUUCACUUUCGAGUGAGCUUACUCACCUGUUUCUUGACAUGUGGACACACCUUCUCUGUAUGUUACACAACAUUAACACCAAACUAUGCUCUCAUAUUAUGACUUUAGGAGAAAACGCUUACCAACAUCUGAUAACCUUUUUCAAAACACUCCACUUGUGUUAAACAUUUUGUAACUUGAAUGUAAUGGAUUUACAAACAUUUCACCCGGACUGAAUCCUUCUUCUGUAUAGACACAGAUUUAUUCACUGUGUUUCAAGAAAGCGGUCCGUUAUGUAAUCGGUCCAUUUAUUCACUCUAUUCUCAAUCAUGUUCUUGUACUUCAUUAUUGAGCAGAAAUUAGAUUGUGCCUACAGAAAUAUUUUAACAUUUGUAAUAAACUUACAGUACAAAUAUUGCAUUCACAGUAUUGCCAGAAUUAACGAUGUUUUCAUCACCAGCAGGGUGGAUUAUUGCAAUGGACUUUGACCAUUUGACAGCUGCUGCCAAAAUAUCUGAGCACAUCACUCCAGUCCUGAGGUCCUUACACUGGCUUCCAGUUACAUUUACAAUAGAUUUUAAAGUAUUAUUACUCGUUUAUAAAUCACUUCAUGGCUAAGGACCGAAAUACAUGACAAAUAUACUAACUAAUUAUAAACCUAACAGGUAACUCAGAUCAUAAGGAUCAAAUCAGUUAGAAAUACCAAGGGUUCACUCAAAACAUGGUGGGUCAGCAUCUAGUGCAGACUUGCGCGCUGAAAUCUGCGGAGGUCAUGUGACCAACAGGAAGGUCGCACACAUCUCAAUUCUCACAGUUGCGUUCUGUGUUCUCGCGACCUUUUGAGUUUGUUCUUCCGAGGUCGCCUGGCAAGACCAGUCUUCACGAGAACGCAAGUCUGUUCUUGGAAUUGAGAAACAGCCAUAGAAAAGCUCUUGGGUAAAAUUAAACAGUCAGUGUCUGUGGGUGGAUCUUUAUCAGUGUGACAUCACAUUAACAAGAGAAUCAAAACAGCAUGUUUAAUGAUACUGAUUUAGUUUAAU